AUAUAGCACACAACUUUCGUGUCGGUAUUUCCAUAACCUUUUUUCACAGCGCGAUCAAAAUCGCCUCGCGGCUUACGGCUACGCGUUAGGAUCGAUUCAAUUGAUUUCCAGUUUUAUAAAUCAAUCUAAUUUAUCCCAAUCCCAUCCAUAACUUUUUAUUAAAUCUGUUUAUAUAAUCAUAAUAAUAAUCAAAUCGUACAAAUUUUCUUUUCCGUUUCGCCAAAAUAAAAUAAAAAAAAAUUCCUGUUUAUCUUUUAGGUUCUUCCUUUUUGUCACUUGAGUUAGCUUUUACACAUGGCUUCUUCUUCAAUCGUGAUCAAGGUGAAGUAUGGGGAAACACUCAGACGCUUUAAUGCAUCUAUCAAUAAUGACAAGAAGCUUGCUCUUGACGCUGCUAUGUUGAGGGAAAAGAUUCGGGGUCUUUUCAACUUUGGCUCCGAUGUUGAGUUUACCAUGACUUAUGUUGAUGAAGAUGGUGAUGCGGUUACGCUUGCUGACGAUGAUGAUCUCCAUGACGUUGUCCGACAGUCUCUGAAUCCGUUGAGGAUUACUGUUAGCUUGAACAAUGGGAAUGUUAAUGGGUCUGCUGGGACUGCUACUCCUGUGAAAUCGCCUCAGAACCAUAUCCCAUUUCAAGCUUUGAACUCGGGGGUUGCUGAACUUCUGAAAGCUGUGCCUGAACCCUUUCGUGAAACUCUUGUGAAGUUUCCCCUUGAUUUGGCUUCUAAGGCGACAUCCUCUUCUCCAACUGUUUCUGAACUUAUGGAGAAGAUGAAGGCUGUUUAUUUGGAUCAGAUUUCUGCUUCUAUGGCUGGCCAGAGCGUGCAGCCUAAUAAUGGUGGUGCGUCGAAUGUGAAUUCUCAACCGGCAACUGGUACUGGUAGUAAGGUUCCAGUUAACCCCGAAGCUGAAAGUUCUAAAUUAAAGAAGAAAGAGAAGCAGGUUGAAAAGGCGGCUGAAGGUGUGAAGUUCAAAGAGGUGCAGCAAGCCUCAAGAGAUGUGGAUCUUAAUGUUCCUUUUAAUGAGUAUGAAUCUCUUCAUGCUCCAAUCAAUGCUACAAAGAGCAUUUCCGAACUUUGGGCUCCGAUCAAUGCUACAAAGAGCGUUGCUGAAGCUUCUAAUGAUGAUAACAAGAACACUACUGAUGGUGUUGAGAGAAAAAAAGAUAAGAAGGUGAAGUACUUCACCGGUGGUUUUUGGAAUGAACCUCUACCGAAGCCUGCCAGUUUGGGCUCUUCUUAUGUUGAUCACUCGAAUCAGAUGAGACAGUAUCAUCUAGAUCAAAUGGAGGCUCAGGCGGCUAAAUUGGCCAAAGUGGCUGCUGAUGUUAAAGCAUCAGUUAAUAACUCUGGCAGCUCCUCAAGUUGGGCUCAGGGGAUGUUGAAAGCAACUAAUGAAUGCCCAUUUGCUGGGACUCCAUUUGAUGGGACACCAUUAUUGAAUUCAUUUGAUUCACAGGGGCAUCAUCGUCAUUCUCGUGGUCAUCAUUGGAAGAGACAUAGUUUUGAAAAUGGUGGCUUUGGGAAUAUAUUUCAUAGGGGUGUUCGUUGUGAUGGAUGUGGAGUACAUCCUAUAACUGGGCCACGGUUCAAGUCAAAAGUGAAAGAUGAUUAUGACCUGUGCAGCAUCUGCUUUCAGGCUAAUGGGAAUGCCGGUGACUAUAUCAGAAUUGAUCGCCCUACAAAUGCUUUUAGGCAUCAUGUGCCUUUGAAGGGGUUGUAUGAUCAUUCUGUUCGUAUUCCGCCGCCGGUGCUACCCCAUGCUCUGAGAGCCCCUGGGUCUAAGCUUCCUCGGUGUAAGCUAGACAGUCGCUUCAUUUUGGAUGUUAAUGUUCUUGAUGGUACCAUCAUGGCUCCAUUCACUCCAUUCACCAAAAUUUGGAGGAUGAGGAACAAUGGGUCCAUCAUAUGGCCUCAUGGAUCACAACUUCAUUGGAUUGGGGGAGAUCGUUUAAGCAAUUCACAGUCUGUGGAUGUUGAGAUCCCUGCUGAUGGUCUGGCUGUAGACAAGGAGCUUGAUGUUGCAGUUGACUUCACCGCACCCGAACGUCCAGGUCGAUACGUUUCUUACUGGAGAAUGGCAUCUCCAUCCGGGCAGAAAUUUGGGCAAAGAGUCUGGGUCUUGAUCCAGGUUGAUUCUUCGAUGAAGGAUAUGGGCGAAACAGAGAUCAAUCUAAAUCUACCACCUGUUACGAGGAACCUGCAAACAGUUGAUCAGGAUAACAUCAUUUCAGGAAACAAUUUCUUCAAGGUAGCUGAUUCCGAAACUAUGUCCAUUGAUUCACAACCCAAAGAUCAGGAGAUGAAUUUCCCCAUCAAUGACUCCUUAAUUAUUGAUAAUUGUGAUGUCGCGAACACUACGAUCACUCCUCUCCGUCCAGUGGCUCCUGCCAUCUCUACGGCUUCUGAUUCUACAGAAAUCGAAACUGGUUUGGCAUCUCUUCCAACUGCACCUGCAGUUUCUUCGGGUUUCUAUCCUACAGUAGGUUUGGAUUCUGCUUCUCUUAAGCCUGUUAGUUACCCUACUGUGGACUUCUCUGCAAUGCCACCAAUUUUGGGUAGUGGUGCACCGUCACCAUGGGCGGCAGUGACACAGCCAUCUGGAUCUGCCGUUGCAUCAUCUUCUGCACCUGUGGUGGGUUUUGCUCCCUCGCCUGGUUCUGUCAGUGAGCCAGGCUCUGCCUCUUCACCUGUCUCUGCUUCUGCAUUGGGAUCAUAUGAGGUAACUGAUGAGCAGGAGCUGGCUCUUAUGAAGGAUCUGGAAGAUAUGGGAUUCAAGCAGCGGGAUGUUAACAAGGAGAUCUUGAGGAAGAUGAAUUAUGAUCUGGAGAAGUCGAUUGAUGCUCUAUGUGAUGUUUCAGAGUGGGAUCCCAUGCUUGAUGAGCUGCAGGAGAUGGGGUUUGAAGAUAAUGAAGCAAACAUGAGGCUUUUGAAGAAGAAUAAUGGAAGUAUCAAGCGUGUGGUGAUGGAUCUCAUCAACGGAGAGAAAGCUUAAACCAAGAAGUUACAUGAUGGUUGAAGUGAAGAAUGUCUAUCUACAUAAAAUAAAUAAAUAAUUGUAGGGAAGACUUGGUGUGAGUCUGUUUCUGGCGUGUCUGUUAUGAACUUGGUGUAGUGUGGUGUGUGUGUGUGUGUGUUUAAGUUGCUGAAUAAUGUUUAUCGCUGGUCUUAUAGGGUUGAUGCUCUGGCCGCAUAACCCUGGUUGUUACUUUCAAUUGAUCUUUGAUGAUGUACGGUGUACACAUCUCCUAUGUAAUAUAAUGGCACUUUGUUUUAGUAA